GGCUAUAAAUGCGCGGGCCCCCUCUGGGCCCCACAGGAGCAGCCGCCGGGGGCGCCGGAGUCGCGGGCCGCGAGGCUGGGAUGAACGCCAGCGCGGGCGGUGGCGGUGGCGGUGGCGGCGGGGACAGUGGCAGCAGCAGCAGCAGUUCGCAGGCUUCCUGCGGGCCUGAGUCCUCGGGCUCUGAACUGGCUGCAGCGCCACCGGCACCUCGGAUGCUGCAGGGACUCCUUGGCUCUGAUGAUGAAGAACAGGAAGAUCCCAAAGACUACUGCAAGGGCGGCUACUACCCCGUGAAGAUCGGGGACCUGUUCAAUGGGCGCUACCACGUGGUUCGCAAGCUGGGCUGGGGCCACUUCUCCACCGUGUGGCUCUGCUGGGACAUCCAGCGCAAGCGCUUCGUGGCACUCAAAGUGGUCAAGAGCGCAGGGCAUUACACGGAGACAGCUGUGGAUGAGAUCAAGCUCCUGAAAUGUGUGCGGGACAGUGACCCCAGCGACCCCAAAAGAGAGACCAUCGUUCAGCUCAUUGACGAUUUCAGGAUCUCAGGGGUUAAUGGAGUCCAUGUGUGCAUGGUACUGGAGGUGCUGGGCCACCAACUCCUCAAGUGGAUCAUCAAGUCCAAUUACCAGGGCCUGCCUGUACCGUGUGUCAAGAGCAUCGUGAGGCAGGUGCUUCAUGGCCUGGACUAUCUGCACACCAAGUGCAAGAUCAUCCACACGGACAUCAAGCCCGAGAACAUCCUGCUGUGUGUCGGGGACGCCUACAUCCGGCGUCUGGCUGCCGAGGCCACGGAGUGGCAGCAGUCGGGGGCCCCACCCCCAUCCCGCUCCACAGUCAGCACUGCCCCCCCGGAGGUCUUGACUGGUAAGCUGUCCAAAAACAAGAGGAAGAAGAUGAGGCGUAAACGGAAACAGCAGAAGCGGCUGCUGGAGGAGCGUCUGCGGGACCUGCAGCGGCUCGAGGCCAUGGACGCAGCGGCUGAGGACUCCACCUUCAGGCUCGAGGGGGGCAGCGGCUCCACGUCUUCUUCUGGCUGUCACGCCGGGGGCCCCGGGGCUGGCCCCUCCCCAGCCCCCUCAUCCCCCGCCCUGGGGGGCGGCCGCAGCCUCAGCACCGGCUCACAGACCUCAGGCUUCUCCGGCUCCCUCUUCUCUCCUGCCUCUUGCUCCAUCCUCUCAGGCUCGUCCAACCAGCGUGAGACCGGGGGCCUGCUGUCACCCAGCACACCCUAUGGUGCCUCUAAUCUCCUGGUGAACCCACUGGAGCCUCAGAAUGCAGACAAGAUUAAGAUCAAGAUCGCUGACCUGGGCAACGCCUGCUGGGUGCACAAGCACUUCACUGAAGACAUCCAGACUCGGCAGUACCGGGCUGUGGAAGUACUGAUCGGGGCCGAGUACGGGCCCCCGGCCGACAUCUGGAGCACAGCAUGCAUGGCCUUUGAGCUGGCCACCGGUGACUACCUGUUCGAGCCUCACUCUGGAGAAGAUUACAGUCGUGAUGAGGACCACAUUGCCCACAUUGUGGAGCUUCUGGGAGACAUCCCGCCAGCUUUCGCCCUCUCUGGCCGCUAUUCCCGGGAGUUCUUCAACCGCAGAGGACAGCUGCGGCACAUCCACAAUCUCAAGCACUGGGGCCUGUACGAGGUGCUGAUGGAGAAGUACGAGUGGCCGCUGGAGCAGGCCACGCAGUUCAGCGCCUUCCUGCUGCCCAUGAUGGAGUACAUCCCGGAGAAGCGGGCCAGCGCCGCCGACUGCCUGCAGCACCCCUGGCUCAACCCCUAGGCACCUCUGGGGCUGCCACAGUUCCACCUCGGGGCCAGCUCAGUGCCUUGAGGGAAAGUCAGACCCUCUCCCACCCCC